AUGUCAAACAUCAAUGAGCCGUUCUACGUGCGCUACUAUUCCGGUCACUCUGGCAGAUUUGGUCACGAAUUUCUAGAGUUCGACUUCCGAGUCAUCGGCGAUGGACGCAGCGCUACUGCGAGAUAUGCCAACAAUUCCAACUAUCGCAAUGAUUCCCUUAUUCGCAAAGAGAUGUGUGUCAGCGCCCUGCUCAUCGCCGAGAUCAAACGCAUCAUCAAAGACAGCGAAAUCAUAAAAGAGGAUGAUUCCCGGUGGCCACAGAAGAACAAGGACGGAAGACAAGAGCUCGAAAUCAGGCUCGGAAGUGAUCAUAUCCAAUUCGAGACUGCGAAGAUUGGCUCUCUUGGAGACGUUACCGAUUCCGCGGACCCAGAAGGACUGCGAGUCUUCUAUUAUCUUGUGCAAGAUUUGAAAGCAUUGGUGUUCUCGUUGAUAUCACUGCAUUUCAAGGUACGACGGCCGCACCUUGAGGGUCCAGAACGUUCUGACAUGGUUGCCUUACAGAUCAAGCCAAUCUAG